CCUUCAAACAGAUAAAUUGUAAGCUAACCGUUGAUAGUAUUAUUUUAUCUGUGAGCAAACUUAACUUCUGAUAUUUGUUUUCCAUUGAAUUGUAAUUGCAAAUAAGUCAUUAUACAAAUUUAAAUUGUCAAAAUGGAUGACAAAAUAGAAAUGAGUAUUUUUGUUGAUGAUGAAGAAAAUGAAAGAAAAUUACUUGCUGACACAUCCGAUGAUGAAGUCAAUGAAAUCAACCAAAAAGUUGAUGAUGAGAAUGAAGUGCUUAAAAGUGAUCCUGGGGAUGAAUUAGACCAAUUAAAACACAAUAAGUUAAGUGAAGAUGAUGAUAGUAAUAACAGUAACAAUAAACACGAUGAAGCAGAUGAAUCUGAAAUUCAUUUACUAGAAAAGAAACUGACACAAAAUCCUUAUGACUAUGAAUCUCAUAAAUUACUUAUAUCAAAAUUUCAUAAAAUGGGUGACCUGGAUCGAUUACGGUUUGCUAGAGAAAAUAUGAGCUCCAAAUAUCCACUGACACCUGAUCUUUGGUUAUCGUGGUUAAGAGAUGAAAUAAAACUUGCUACAACACCAGAACAAAAAUGUGCAGUUGUGGAAAUUUGUGAACGAGCAAUAACAGAUUAUCUUUCUGUUGAAGUAUGGCUAGAAUACUUACAAUUUAGUAUAGGACUUGAUACUGAAAAAGAUUCAAUAGAGAAAAUGAGAAACUUGUUUGAGCGUGCAUUAACUGCAGCUGGUUUGCAUGUUAUGAAAGGAUCUUUAAUUUGGGAUGCAUUUAGAGAAUUUGAAAGCUUUAUUGCCCUCACGAUGGAUUCGAAAGAUUCUCAAAAGAAAAAUCAAAUAAAUAGAAUAGGUAAACUUUAUCAACGACAACUGACAUGUCCACUUUUUCAUAUGGAAAAAGCAUAUGAAGAAUAUAGAAUAUGGAAAUGUGCAGAAGGUUGUGAAUAUAAUGAUGACAAAAUUGUCAAAAGUGGAUAUCAAAAAGCAAAAAUAGAAUUAAAUGCACGUAUACCAUUUGAAGAAAAACUUGAAUCUGCGCAAAAUAAAAAUGAGCAACUUGAUAUUUAUAAAGCAUAUUUGUUUCAUGAAAAACAAAUUGGUGAUCCGGGUAGAAUUACAGUUCUUUAUGAACGUGCUUUAACAGAUAUAUGUCUUGAACCUGUUUUAUGGAUAGAUUACCUACAAUUUGUAGAAUACAAUAUAAAAAUUAAUGAUAUUAUAGAUAAAAUUUAUAUGAGAGCAGUAAGAAAUAUUCCUUGGUGUGUUAAAAUCUGGCAAAAUUGGAUUAGAUUUUGUGAAAAAAAGAACACUUCAUUAAUUGAUAUUCAAAAACUAGUUGAAAAUGCUCUUACAGUAGGAUUUUCCAGUGCAGAUGAAUAUAAAAAGCUUUGGAUAACAUAUUUGGAAUACUUACGUCGAAGAGUUGAUUAUAAGUCAGAUAAUGAAAAAAACCAAUUAGAAAUUUUAAGAAAUGCAUUUAAUAGAGCUUAUGAUCAUAUAGCAUCAUUUGGUAUUGAAGGAGAUCCUACUUGUGAAAUUUUACAAUUUUGGGCGAGAUCUGAAGCAAUUCAUGCAAAUAAUAUGGAAAAAGCUCGAUGGCUGUGGACUAAUAUUAUGUCACAAGGACAUUCAGAAUCAGCUGCUAGUUGGAUAGAAUAUAUUUCAUUAGAAAAAUGCUAUGGUGAUUCAAAACAUAUACGUAAACUUUUUCAAAAGGCUUUAAUUGCUGUUAAAGAUUGGCCAGAAAGUGUAGCAAAUGCCUGGAUUAAUUUUGAACGGGAUGAAGGAACCUUAGAGCAAAUCGAAAUUUGUGAAUCAAAAAUACAAGAGCAGCUUAUUAAAAUUUCUGAAGAAAGAAAAGAGUUUGAAUUAUAUUCUACAAUGCCUAAAGAAAUAGUUAUAAAUAAAAAAACUGGUAAAAGAAAAGGAGAAGAUACUGGAAGAUGGAAGGAUUUAGGAGCUUCUACGUUUAAAAUAUCAAAACUUGAACAACUUACUAAGCCAAUGUCAAGAAAAGAUUCUAUAAACCAAAAGGUAGACGAAUCAUCUAAUGAAUUUGCAAAGAAUAUGAAAUCAAAUAUAGCUCCACUUCAAGGUUAUAAAAAAAUUAAAGAGAAAAUAGAAGAUUCAUAUAAUUUCCAUGAACUGGAUGAUCAAAUUACCAUAUUUGUUAGUAACUUAGAUUAUACAGCAACUGAAGAAGAAAUUGAAGAAGUUCUAAAGCCAGUUUGUUCUAUUAAAGUAUUUAGAAUGAUUAAAGAUUAUAAAGGGCGUAGUAAAGGAUAUGGUUACAUUCAGUUAGGUAGCUCUAAAGAAGUAGAAGAAGCUCUUAAACUUGAUAGAAUACGUUUAAAUGGUAGACCAAUGUUUAUUUCAAGGUGUGAUCCUAAUAAAACAUCAAGAAGCUCCGGAUUUAAAUAUAAAACUGUAUUAGAAAAAAAUAAACUAUUUGUGAAAGGACUACCUCUUACUACAACAAAAGAAGAAUUACAUCAAUUAUUUAAAAUUCAUGGAAAAUUAAAAGAUAUACGAAUAGUAACUUAUCGUAAUGGUCAUUCAAAAGGUUUAGCAUAUGUAGAAUUCGAAGAUAUAAACAGUGCAAGAAAAGCUUUAGUUGCAACUGAUGGAUUGAUGAUUGAAGAAAAAAUAAUAAGUGUAUCAGUAAGUCAACCCCCACAACGAAAACAAGUGUUAAAUAAUGACAAUGUUUUUUCAGUCAAAUCUCUUGGAGGUUCAUCAACAAGUAGAUCAACAUUUGGAAACCCCAAGACGGUUUUAUCACUUGUACCUCAAGUUGUAAAAAAAAACGUUGCCAGUGAUCAAAUGUUUGAUAACGGAGUUACAUUGUCUAUGAAUAAUUCAGAUUUCAAAAAUAUGCUUUGUAAUAAAAAGUAAAAUAAAUAAAAUAUGUAUAAUUUUU